GUCGGAUUCGUUAACCACUGCGCCACGACGGAAACUCCAGCAGUUUUUUGUUUUUUUUUGUUUUUUUUCCUCCUGCUAAUAUUUCUUAAUGCCAGUUAAAUUCUAAGGCCCAGCUGGAGACCCUAUGAGGGUAGAGAAGAAUUUUUCCUCCCCUAUACUCUCGUCAGCUUAGAAACACCUCAGCUCAUACUUUAAAUCAUCCCUCUUGACCCAACAUUUACCCUUCAGCCACUAUCCUGUUUCUCUAUUCUCCCUCUCAGCAAAAACUGAAUUUUUCCUCAGCAGUGAUCUUCAGAGUUUUUUGCCUACAACACCCUAGAAGAAUUUUGUAAAGUUAUGUACCCCUUUGGCAUGUUUUUAGUUUAACAUUUACAUUUUUUCAUAUUGUUUACAUAGUUGCAAAGGCUGUGAUUUCCAGAAUAAUGUAAACGUUGGUGUUUUAACAUUGCCACAUCAAUCUUUAAAAUAUCCAGUACAUCUAAAUAUGAUAUUCAUCAUUCACUAAAAAACCAAAAGCAAUUUAAAAAGCUUAUCUUUAGCACACAAAUUGUACAUCACUCCUUUGUUUAAGUUAGCUCUAGUUCUAAUUCACUUCCCCCACAGAAUUUUAUCCUGAUAUAUCUUCAAAGUCUUUUGUUUACCUAUCAUACUUCUUUGGAAAAAGUGUAUAUGAAAUUAAAAUGUUUACAUUUCCCAUGACCAGAAGGCUCUAAAAGAUAACGUGUCUUGUGGAUUUAUUGUAAUUAUUCAAACAUAAAAGAUCAAAAUCACAUUGAAGUAACAUUUUAUGGAAAUGCUGUCAAUGAAAUGAGUAGAUUUUUUUCAAUUGGCUUAUAUUUUUGAGGAUAGCUCAAAAAGGUUGGGACUCAGCAUCAAUUUUAUUUCAAUUUUUUAUUAUAAAAACUUGUUCACCUUACUGAGUCAGAAGAAAAAAAAAAGAAGAAAUUCUAUUACAGCAGUAUCAGUUAUUUCUUUGGACUCCUAAAUUAAUGCCAAAAAUUACUGUGUACUAUCAUCACAUUAUUAUCUAUCAUCUUUCUCAAUUUGAUUGAAAGAAUAUGAAAACAUCUGACUUUCAAGAUAAUUUCUUGGAGCUACUGCUUUCUCAACUUGAUGUCCAUGUCUUGAAUUGUCACUGUGCUGUGUCAUCCCUGGACAUUUUACACCCCAGAGAGAUGUGCUGUUGUUAUAGCCAGAGGAGAUACAUACCUUUCUCUUGUAAAAAGGGAAAAGGGUGACUGAAAGCUGAAGUGAGAAAGGAGAGGCUGUGCCCACAACAAAGACUUGCUCUUGGGAAGAGCAUUUUUAGGAAAAUGCACCUUUAGAAAAGAGUUUAUCUUAAAUGGAGGACUUGAAAUUUGAUCCCUUGAAAAGUCUUUGGGUUCCCUAGUUUGAAGACCACUGAUAUAUACAUGCUUUUUCUACUGACCUCUAUUCACUCUUAAAAUCCACCCUCCUUGCACCCCUGUCGCCACGCCAUUGAAAAUACUUUUACAAAGGCCAUCAACAAUAUCCACACUGGUAAGUCCAAAUAAACACCAAGACUAAGAAGCAGUUACAAGCUUCAGGACAAAAUAAAAAGAAAUUCUAGGAAGUUAAGGAUAGGGCAUUGCUAUAGAUGUGGCACAGGCCGCAAGUGCAGCUCGGUUCCAAUCCCUGGCCUAGGAACUCCCACAUGCCUUGGGCAAGGUCAAUAAAAAAAUUUCUAACUCUAAUGCAGAAAUCUGACCCAAAGUUGCUCUUAAAGAAUUUUCUCUCACAGUGGUCAAGCACUCUGUGCCCAUUUUAUAGUGAACAUUACUAAUAAAGACCUGGACGUAGGGUACAUUAGUUUAGGGACAGGUCUCCCCAUCCAUCUGGCUCCAAAUAGGAAUGCCACAGUUGUGCAAGAACUUUGAUGAAGCAUCUCACAAGGUAUGGGCAGCUUCUGAAAUGGUAGGAAGAACCGUGUUUUCAAGAUGUAUUUGCCUCAGCCAAUCUCCAUCACACCUUUUUACCAGGUACUAUUUGACAUUGAAGUCUAUUUAUUUAGAAAGGGAAAUUUAAAAUAUUAAGGUAAUGUUUGGCAGAACUCAUUUAAAAAAUUCACUGGUUCCCAAAGAAACUCUUCUUUUCAAAUCACAGAUAAUCAGAGACUGAGCAUAAGAUGUUUUUCAAGGAGGGGAGAGUAGAGCCAACAUUAUAGCUCUUGGUUGGAGAAAACAGUCCUCAGACUUCCAGAACCACCUCUCCAGGAUUUAGUUUUAAAAUGCUGGGCAUUGUCUCUAGGAGCUUUCAAAAAAGUCUCACAAAAUGCAGAAACAUGACUGGUGCAGCACCUUUUUCGGAGUGGAUGGCAUCUUCCGAUAAGGUUUAACUCUUCAUCGCGUCAACCAAACUGAGAAGUCAGAGCAUCUUCUUCUCUCUUUGUAAACAAUAGAUUCCCUCGCCCCGCCCCGGGCUUUUCCGUCUGGGCGCCUCUCUAUAGUGCAGCUUAUGGAACACGAAGAGUAUAUAGCCUAGUAUUAAGCUCUUGACGCCCUUGAAGGUCAUUUAUCACUAACUUCCUCAAUAUAAAGCAUCAAUUCGAAAAACUUGCUUUAGACACUGUUUAGCGAGGGGCGGUAAUAAAUACCCGCUGAUGUAAUGUAGGGGGGUUUUCGUUUAGGAGCCACAGGAAGAAGCCUUGUUAGCAGUGGAAUUCCUUCUACAAAUCGGGGAUGGUGACUCGGGACAUAUUCCGACAGCAGGGGGCUAGGCGAGACCUGCACCGCCAGCGCAGCAACAAACGCCUUCAGGUAUUUGUGGAAAAGCUAAGAGGGCAGGUUUAGGAGCAUGCGCAACAGAUUUUCCGUUGGGAAGCAGUGAGCACGCGCACAGCUGAUUCGAUUCAGGUGAGACUCUUCGGAGCGCGCGCCGUGGCGUCCCGGCUCCCGGUAGCUGUGUGGGCGAAUCUGUGGAUCCCCCCUCCCCCCUUGGCUGGAUUCCAGACUCGUGGAAGAAAGGCUGUGCCCAAAGCAGGACAGAUGAAGAGACAGAAAAAGGUCCUUGUACAGAUGCCAAUGGAGGUGAAGAUUGUACAGUUGCCAAUACAGAGAUGAUCAAUUUAGAAGACCAAGAAAAGACUCUUGUACCCAUGAGGCCUGGCAUUCUUGUCCAGAGACGGGUUAAAGAAGCGACGGGCACAUUAGGAAAUGGAGAGGAAGUGGAGGAUGAAGAGGAGGACAAAAUAAAAGAAAUGCAAAAGCUUGAGAAUGCUGGAGAAAAUCAUCAAGAGAAUGACUAUUUGCUAAAACCACCCAUACCUGUCACUGGAAGUCCUUCGGUCAUUGAUAACCAUAAAAGACCCUUAAAAGGAGUGACGUUUUCUAGGGAGGUAAUUGUUGUGGACCUUGGAAAGGACAACCCUAUAGCCCGAAGCUAUACUCGAUUACAUAAAGAGAGAAAAUGAAGCUCAAAAAAGGCUGAGAGUGGAAGAAAUGUAACCUUAGACUAACAAUGAAAUGGCUGGGGGUCCAAAAUCUUGUUGAAACAGCAAAAUAAUGGAAAAUUAAGGAAAUACAAAUAGUAUUUUACCUUUGUGCAGAAAGAAAUGGACUAUGUGCAAAAUGCUAUAAGUAAAAUACCCAGAGCUUGAAUAUAGAUUUUUAAAAAUUCAAAUCUGAGUUCAAGAAAUUAAUUGUAUUAAGUGUCCUUAAAAUUCUCUCUAAUCAAAGACUGUUCUCACAUGUGAAUAAAGUUAUUUGUGUUUGUGCAAA